CCUGAACUUCAGUUUUGAUUGAUUGGUUAGCAUUAGAAAUGAUAGAUAUAGAGAAAAAAACAUGUAUGAUUAGAAAAAUAGAAAUAAAUUCAUCUCCGAUAGAGUUUUAGAAUGAAUUUCUAUAUUUUUAAGAUAGAAAAUACAACAAUGCAUGUCUUAUCCAUCUCUGUUUCUUCUAUAUCAAUACAGCAACUCAAGUGAUACGUCUAUACGCAAAAUUUCUUGCUGAAGUAAGGGUAGUUUAAAAUGCCUCUUAUUUUUAGCAGUAAAAGAAGAAAAAGGAACGCUAAAAGAACAUUUGUUGAUACCGUUUCAAGGUGAGCAUAACUGCUCAACAGUUUUGGAUUAAAAAAACAAAAAGGGGAAAAAUCUGGAUGAUGAAGUAGGAGCACAAACUACCAUGUACCAACCCAAAAAAAAAUCGACCACCAUAUCAUGUGUGCAUGCAAUUCAACAAAAGGAAGUACCAUGGACAGCGCAGAGGGCAUGUAAGAAGUCAAUAAAUAAUAACAUAUAACUGACUUUGCAGGCUACACAGUUUUUUCUAAGUAACACAUGCUUUGGCUAUACUCUUAGACAACCUAAAAGCAGGGGCUGAAGUCAAUUGUUAACGAGCUAACAACUAAUUUAAACACCCUUUAAAGACCCCGAAACCCGCAUUCAAGACAGACAAGCAAAGCCUGAUUUUUCACUUAUGGCAAUGCACAUUAGGACCUCUUCUCGCUCUCUCCUCUACGUCUUAAAUCUUGCUACACUCCUGCUUUCUACUAUUGCGGCCACCAAUCACGGUCACCUUGAAGAGCAGAGGAGGGAUAAGAUUAUCAAGCUACAUGGGCAGCCACCAAACGUGAGCUUCUCUCAAUUCUCUGGCUACAUUACUGUGGACCCGUUGGCAGGACGGGCUCUCUUUUAUUGGUUGAUUGAGGUCCCCAAGAUUGUCAAGCCCAAGUCAAAGCCACUAAUUCUAUGGCUCAAUGGUGGGCCUGGCUGCUCAUCUGUGGCCUAUGGAGCUUCAGAGGAGGUCGGUCCAUUCAGGGUCCGACCCGAUGGCAAGACCCUGCAUUUGAAUCCAUAUGCUUGGAAUAAAGUGGCAAAUUUGCUGUUUCUUGAUUCACCUGCUGGUGUGGGAUUUUCUUAUUCAAAUACUUCAUCAGAUACAUACACGGUUGGUGACAAGAGGACAGCCAAAGAUGCUUACACUUUUCUGGUUAACUGGUUUGAGAGGUUCCCUCAAUACAAGCACAGGCCUUUUUACAUUGCUGGAGAAAGCUACGCAGGUCAUUACAUCCCUGAGCUGUCACGAAUUAUAGUCCGGAGAAAUAAGGGAGUCAAGAAUCCUGUCAUUAAUUUCACAGGUUUCUUGUUGGGCAAUCCUCUUAUAGAUGAUUAUCACGAUAACGUUGGCACACACGAGUUCUGGUGGAACCAUGGAUUGAUAUCCGAUUCUACUUAUAAAGAUCUAAAGAAGUUCUGCCCAAACAGUACUUUCUUGUUCCCAAAAAGUGAAUGCAACAGUGCUUUAAAUAGGGCAUAUUCAGAGUUUGGAGAUAUAAAUCCUUAUAGCAUUUACAGCUCUCCUUGCAAUAAAAUCACUACUCUUAGAGACUAUCUAAACCAUUCACUGCCAUGGAAAUUCAGAGGAAAUGACGAGUGUCUGGUGAUGUACACAAAAAGAUACAUGAACCGCCCAGAGGUGCAAAGGGCUCUUCAUGCCAAUAUUACCAGGAUUCCUCAUCCUUGGGCCACUUGCAGCUCUAUUGUCAGGAGAAACUGGAGUGAUUCUCCUAAAUCCAUGUUGCCAAUCUUCAAAGAACUUAUAGCAGCUGGUAUUAGAAUAUGGGUUUUCAGUGGUGAUACAGAUGCGAUUUUGCCACUAACUGCAACCAGAUACUCCAUUAAUGCUCUACGGCUAAAAACCAACAUAAGCUGGUAUGCUUGGCACGACGACCAUCAUCAGGUCGGUGGGUGGAGCCAAGUUUACAAGGGCUUGACCUAUGUGACAGUGAGGGGAGCAGGGCAUGAGGUGCCUUUAACUCAGCCUCGACUUGCUUUAUUGCUAUUUAGGCAAUUUCUGAAAAACGAACCCAUGCCAGCAUUUUAGUCCUAGAAGACUUGCUGUUGUUUAAUCCUGAAGGUUACUAGCUGCGUAUAGAGUGUUUUUAUUUUUCUUUUCAAAUCAUUAUUUGAUUAAACAAAUUAAAAGUAUAAAUGACAAAAAUUAGAAAUCUUUUUAGCCUCAUUGUCUUCCCGCUGCUCGGCUAAGAAUAAAGAAUGAACAUUAAAAGUCUUCUGGUCUUUUCAAUUA